CGCACCUCGUGUUUUCAUCUGCGAAUAUGGCGCCGUAUAGGUAAAAAUCAUGUAGCGCCAGCAGUGUGGUCUGAAUGCAUAGCUCACGCUUAAAAUAUGAGUUCUUCCGAAUCUUCAUUUCCGAUAGACAGACGACUUAUCGAAUACGUUGUAAUAUGCGGCCUAGAUCUCGCAUCUGGACUAGAACCGGACGUACUAUCAGGUGACACUCUCCAACUGACCCCACUAGACCGACCGUACAAGGGAAAGUGUUUAGCACAUUACCCUGAGAAUGUUCCAUGGAAUCCUUUCGAUGGUAGUGCGGUUGGCAUGCUGUGCCUACCACACGGCCUGUCCUUCCGCACCCAGAAACACACCCGGGAUCCCUACUUCCAUUCCUUCAUCAUCACCAGGGAAGAUGGUUCUCGAACUUACGGCCAGGCUCUCACCUUCUACGAGGAGAUCACGGACAUGCAGAUCUGCACUGCCAUGACAACGUUGCAGGCCAUGCAUCUGACUGAGCUGAGCGGUAACAAGCCUCAAGUCCAGCGCACGACGGCCAUCAGACAGGAGGCACCGACGUCACGGUCUCUCCCUCGCUCUUUCCGUCUGCUGAGCACUGCGCACCCUCAGGAUUCCACUGCCGGCUCUCUCUACGACGUCACCAAGGAUUCUCUCUACGUGACGAAAGCGCUGUGCCUGAUCACGUCACUUCCCUUGGUGGGAGCGAGCAAAAUCAUCCUGCAUAAACUCCUCGACAUGGUUCGGGGUUCGCCUCCUCUGCCCUUCGAAAGUUACAUCUACAACUUGCUGUACGAACAUCCAUUGCCUCCCCCGGGGCGUUCUCUACGUCUCUGCUAUCUCUAUCAAGACUACGUCUGCCAACGGCCGGGGACCGGAGAGCUCCCGUUUUUCGACUACUCCUUCCGGGAACUUUUCCUCACCCUAGGACUGGAGAACUUUCUCCUCCUCUUUACGAGCGUCCUCUUUGAGAACCAGAUCCUGCUCUGCUCGGAAGACUACCAGAAGUUGAUGUUGGUAGCUGAGUGUGUGACGUGCCUGUUAUUCCCGUUCUCGUGGCAACACGUUUAUGUGCCCAUCCUGCCACAUUCUCUGCAUCAUUUCCUGGAUGCGCCCGUGCCUUUCAUUAUGGGUCUCAGACAGGCGAGGGAAGAGACGUUAGACAUCAUCUAUCCAGGAGAGGCCAACCUGUGUCUGGUGGACAUCGACGGCCGAGCCGUCCAAGUCCCCGAGGACCUGCCAACGUUCCCAAAUGGCCAGGCACUCAUCUCGGAGUUGCGCGACCAACUGGGACGCUUCGGCACGCUGCUGCCUGCUGCGCUGGACCGCAAUCGGAACCCAGAGAGCCGUCGCAAGCUGUCGUGGACCCUCGACUCCGGGGACUCUGGGCUGAGUAGUACGGGCAGCAGUGCUCGUAGCUCAUACAGCAGCCUGGGAGUGCCCACGGGGCAGCUAUUGCAACAGAGUCAAGCGCUACAACGCAUCACAGCUGUUGCCAAGCGUGCAGGCGUAAUGAAGUCAAUAGAGGACAUGCGUAAGCAGGAUCGAUUUUUGGACAGCGGGAACAUGAGAGCCAAGAAGACGUCUGAUGGAUGCUUAGAGGAGCUCAAACUCAACAACCUGGUGCGAGAGAUCUUCCUCAAUCGUUUCCUCCACUUGUUUCGCACCUACGACCGCUUUGUUAUCCAACCCAACCAGAAAGACAUGGAGCAGUGGCUAGCGUCCCGUGACACAGUGCACAACUUCGAUAAGACGACAUUCCUCUCGGACCAGCCCGAGCCGCAUCUGCCGUUUCUGUCGCGUUUCAUUGAGACGCAGAUGUUUGCAUCUUUUAUCGACAACAAGAUUUUAUCACACUGGGAGGACCCUGACCCCCACCUGAAGAUCUUUGACAAUCGAAUUAAACUCGUUCGAAAUGACUCUACAGAAGCGUAUGUGAAAUGCACAGUUUUCAAGGAAACAGAUGUAGCAAUUGAAAAGCGAAUGAGCACUCCUGAUCUCACCUGUAGCAUUCCGAAAAUCAUUGAUCCUGCCGUGGAUCUUCCAAGUCUAAGAAACCACAGGGCAGGAGUCUUUCCUACUCUAGAUGCUGCAAUCCUUAACAGAGAGCCAGCAAGAUUAAAAGUUAAGAAAAAGUCGAGCACUCAGUUCAGGCGGAAAGAUCGCUCGAUGCAGCACGCGGAGCACCUCAAGCUGAGCUCUGAGCAGAGAGGGUCUGUGUGUCCAGAUGAGAAUGCCAGGCAUGCUCUGUAUUUGUGGCAUAAAUACAUGCACGAAGCUCGUACAAAGCACAUGAAGCAGCCAAAGUUCAGCAACAACGCAUCCCCUGCCAUGAUUGCGCAUACCAAUUGGAAGUUUGUGGCAGCACUUCUGACAGAGUGCAAGACACGAACAAAACGCAUGCUGGUGGAGAAGAUGGGAAUGGAGGCUGUGGAGCUGGGUCACGCAGACGCCACCAUCACGGGGCUAGAGGAGAACACACUAUUAGCGUCAUUCUGCGACCUUCUUGAACGUAUCUGGUCUCACGGUCUGCAAGCCAAGCAGAGCAAAUCUGCACUGUGGUCCCACCUGCUCAAUUACCUCGAAGUGGAAGAAUGCAAGGCCAGCGGGAAACCCAUUGACCGUAAUUUCCUCACUCCUGUCCAUCCCCAGUGUGCCAAGGGAUUUGGACUUCCCCAAUUUAUCUUGUCCCUAAAAUCAGGUGCCAUUAGUGCCAUUGCCGCGCAUCUCUCGAACCUCGACAUCUCGAACUUUGUCCCCGAAAACGAGUUGCCCACUAGCCGAGGCAGAGAAGCCAAGGAACGGAGCCGGUCCAAGACCCCCGACCUUCCGGGAAUCAAACCGCUUCUUGUUUCUCUGCUGAAUGACAUUAAAACUGUGCAGUCCAUGACGGAAAUAAAAACCGACAUUGGCUACGCUCGCGCUUGGGUUCGGCUGGCUCUGGAGAAGAAAUUGCUGUCAAAGCACCUUAAGAAACUUCUGUCUAGUCAAGAAUUGCUCAGGAGUUCCUACAGACGGUACGCAUUCCUUCGGUGUGAUGAUGAGAAAGAGCAGUUCCUCUACUACUUACUCACCCUCAAUGCUGUAGACUACAACUGCUUCACCAACACCUACACUCAAACAGAGAUGCCGUAUCGAGUGGUGAUAUUCCCGAGCCGGAAAUUGAGUGCUUCAACGACCUCUGCCAAUGCCUGGGUCAGCAUUUCGGGGACUAUGGGCUCGACGGGGGUUAUCCCGCUUUCCAAACAGAUGGUAGAGUUUGUGUUUCACCACAAAAAUCUUGGUCUGCUCACAACCCUGAGAAUCGGGCACGACAACACUGGAAUCUCGCCCAAGUGGAUGAUCGAGCAUUGCCUCGUGAGGAAUGAAGUGACUGGAUACACGUACAAAUUUCCUUGUGGCCGAUGGUUAGGCAAAGGCAUCGAUGACGGCAGUACAGAGAGGCUUCUCGUGGCGGAGCUUGUGCCUCCCACAGUAGACACAGAAGAGCUCAUGGAAACGUGUAGAACACCACCACGGUGUAGGUCGCCAAGCGUGCCACGUAGACCCAGCGAACCUCGGCUUACAAUACCAGAGAUCCAACAGCUUCUUGGGGAUGCAGUCAACAAUAUUGUCAAGUACUACUACAAGCCCGAACGAGAGCGGGGAAACUUGACAAUCCUCUUGUGCGGUGAGCUUGGCCUAGUCUAUUGCCUGGAGCAGGUGUUCCUGUAUGGCUUCAAGGACACCAGGUUCUUCAGGCAUGUCUACCUCUGGGACUUUUUUGUGAAAGUGAAGGAAUACUUUGAGGAGCAAACACGAGACGACGAUGUGUGGCAGACUUACAUACGUCUGGUGAACAAGGUGGACCGUGCACCCCACACGGUGGGCAAAGACGGAAAGUUUCAGCUCUUCAUAUGCCUUGCUGCAAGGGACCACUUUUUGCACCAAAUGCUCCAAGACAUUGCUGUAACACCAAUCACCGUGACCAUGUUCGAGGAGGGAUCGUUCCUGCGUGACCCCGCCCUGGUCACUUUCCUCGUUCAGAUCCUCGAGUCGCUCUCAGAGUUUUGCAUAGUUUUAGAAAGUUCCCUAAUGCGUGGCUUAGACAAAUAGUUUGUUCACUCUGCCUGCUCAAAGUAUCAUCAUCGGGACAUUGAUCUGACAUUGUAAAUGGAGUCAGGACAGUCAUCAGGACAGUCAUCAAGACAUUGAUCUGACAUUUGUAAAUGGAGUCCUUUUAAGUUUCCAAAGUUCUGUGGAAAGUAGCCCCAUCUUAUAACGGUACGUCCUUUUGUACAGCAUCAUUUUAACUACUCGAGAGCGUACCAUAAUUUCGGCUGCUUUUAGGCUAUUAAGUGAAAAACUAUAUAUUUGCUGUAAUAGCGUGAAAGGGUAUCUGUAAAAAAAGUUGCUAUAUUUUAGGUUGUACAGGAUUAUAAUCACAUGACUGAACAUUUUGGACUGCCGCUCUGUUAUGCCGCUAACAUGUUCAACUGUAGUAAAUGAAUGUCAACUAGAAAACUGGCUACCUGAAUAGAGGUAGUGUGAAGUGGAGCCCAUCUCUUCACCCCUCUUGGAAGCUUGAUGCCACAGAAUGCCAUCCUCAUUUCAAAGAACAUGGAACGACAAGCCUACACAUGUGUGUACUUUCAUUUCUUUUGCAUGUCUUUCCUAAGGGAAUACUAUGUCUUUCCUAAAGAAAUAUGCUCCACAGUAUCAUUUUGUUGAGUGGCCUCACUGUGCCAAAGUGGUCAUAAGACCAAACGAGACAGUGUGAGUUACGGAUGCCAUUCGUGAGACAUUGCGUAGACUUAAAUUGCUGCAACAGUGCUAGACAGUGCAAAACUGCACGCCUCCACCCAGUGGUGUUGCAGUGAAGCACCAGUUGUUGGAACAGGAGUCAUGUAAUGUGGGUUUCGACGUGGAAUAAGGUGACCAUCUGCGGCAUAUGUUACGGGUGGUUUGUUGGUCAAAAACACUGAAUGUCUACUGGGUAUGCUUUGUUUGUGCAACUGCUUUUAGUUUCAUGAACGAUUCAUUUUUACCUGCUUUAGGCCUUCUAGGGUAAUUUCUUUUGUGUGUGUGCUAUAUGGCAGUUUGCUAACAUUGGACAAAACAUAACUUUUCUGCAUUGUUAAGUUACUUUUGUAACAGGGUGUCUUACAGGUCUGUACAGGUGUCUUACAGGUUUGUCUGUACAAAGUGUUUUUUUUUUUAGACUUUUUAUAAAAAAAAAGCUAGCAGUAUAUGCCAUUGCCAUGCAUGUACUGCUUUUCUAGCAGUAUGUACCACCUUGUUAUUAGCGCAUGGACUUAUUUUCAGCUCUUUUUCUUUUAUUGUUCCGUAAUUGAAUGGCUCACUGCAAUAAUGAUGUAAGGGAAAAUUUGCACUUUUUUUUUUUUGCAAAAUUUGCAAAAUUUUUUUUGAGCAAUGAGGAAAAGAAGUGCAUUCCACCAUAUUUUUGGAGGCUAAAUAUUUAGGAUGGGUAUUAUCGUGAAAAGAUGAUUCAAGCUACACUUUGUCCAUCUUUUCAGACUCAUUUCGACUAUUGAUAGUGUACACUAAAAAAAUUCCUGGUUUCCUAAUGAAAUAUAUUUCAUAACUGUAAGCGCAUCGUUAUCUUUUUUUACCAGUAUUAAUGGACGUGGUGAUGGGUUGGUUGGCAUCUCCUCCAGCCUAACCUUACAAGUAAUGGGAUUUGGUUUAGCCCCGAUGGUACUGUUGUGUUUGUGAACGUUCUUUUUUUUUUAAAUCUUUUUGAUUGUCUGAAUACUCAGGAAAGGACUCCGAUGAGGAGCUGCUCUGUGAGCUCUCAAAACCAAUAAAAUACAGUGCUGUAGGGGCCCUCAAAGCACUCGCAGUCGUCUGCUAAGGUGUCAUCUGCUAAUAUCACGUCACCUGCUAUUGCGUAGGCGUCACCUGUGACCGCCAUCGGGCAUUACAGCUUUUCCGAAAAUUUUUCAUAGAUACGUAGAGUGAGUCUGUAUUUACCAUUUAAAACAUUUAUUUUGACAUUGAUGUAAGUUAGUUUACAUCAUUGCAGAGAGCCAUUCAAUUGUUUGACUUGUUGUCACACUGUAUUUUCACAUGACGUUGGGAAUGAUGAAAGAGUUUAAGCAUGCCCAAGAUGAAGAUUGUACUCUAGACACGGGGCUAUUGACCCAAGCUCCGCACUUUAUAGGUAUAAAAAGGCCCUUAUGAAAGAAUUUAUGAAUUUUAGGUCAUUCUCUCUGAGAGAAUGUCCACUUAGCACCCACGGCAUUCUGUAUAUUCUUUAUUCUUGUCACAUACUAUGCUUAUAUAUAUUUCUUUUACUUGCAGAAUCCUUAGCUUUUUAUUUUCUUUUAUUCUUUUUUUACUGAAAUGUCACAGACACAUGCAGAGUGCAUGUAAGCUUCCCUGCAGAAGGAAAACACUUUGAGUUUUACAACCACUCAUUAACGUUCAUGUCAUGCUUGGGGUCGGACGUGGGAUUCGAGGCUUUAUUUGUGUUCAUUACCGUGUGAUGAUCAAUGCUUGUGCAAUGCAAGUUCUCCGCAGUUGUUCUUCAGAUGUCCGUUUAGGGUGCAUGUUGUGGCAGCAAAUUUUCUUCCAUGGGGGUAGUAUUACCAUUAUUUUUCUAGCUGUUGAUAAUUUUUUGUUCAGAUAACAUGAACCCACACAGGAACCGCCCAAGAAUGGAUAAUUAUGAAGGUUUUCUCUCCGAGGCUUUUGUUUAAAAGAAAAAAAUCUUUUGGACAAGAUUUCCACUGUGUCACCCCCCAAACCUGUAUAUGACAGUACGACCUGUGUCCUACCACUGUCAACACUUCUGAGUCCCGAAAUCUGUGGUUGGGACGCGAUAGUGCACCCCAUGAAGUCGCCUUAUAAUUGAUCGUCUCACAUCAAUGGGUGGCCAUUAUCUUGUCCAGUAUUGCAUUCCCUUUCAUUUUUUUUUUUUUCGUCUAUUUUUUAGUUGCCCUAUGUGCUGGUUUAUACCAAAAAAAUGCUUGAGCAUUUUUGCAGAUAAUACUUUAAAAGAUAACGUUGAUAUAUUGGAUCAUUGAAAUGGUCAUUUGUGGCUGGAAAUUUUUUAAAUUGCUGUCUGUUGUUAAAACUGGGGCAGAAAGCAACGUUGACAGCAACAUGUUGAAAGCAACAUGAAACAACGUUGGGGCAACGUUGCCAAUGUUUCUUUUAACUCUAUAAAGGGACAUUAACUCUUACAGUUGGUCUACGACGGACCCAGUUUUCACACUGUGGUGCUCCAAUCGCUGAGUAUACCAUAAAAGCAGCUGAAGCUUUCCUCGCAAAAUUUGUAAUAAUGAUUAAUAGUUUGUGGCUUAUGCCGCAAAAUUGUCAUCCAGUUCUAUCGGAGUCAUUGUUAUAGGAGAAACUUUACUUGAAAGUUACGUUUUUCGGUUACCAAAGACUUAUCGACGUUUCUAAUGUACAUGACAAAUUACCAAUCCUGAUUUGCUGCUCUUGCCUGUGUAUCAUAGUUUCAUGUUGUACAUUCAUGUUGGAUGGUCAUGCGAUGUACAUAUUUUCAUUUACUUGUAAAGUCGCACGUGAGUACAAAGUUUUGAUUUUGACGUGCUAGUUGGUAAAUUAUUUUUAUCCCGCACAUUUACUCAUGCGGUGUGUAGGGUUAAGUUUCCCUUGCGGAUAACGAGCGAUUAUGUGAACACGGACUGUAAGCAACUGUGAAUAAAGUGAAUGUUCAUCGUAAGAUAUCAAUAA